UGUUUCCGGCUCCGUUGUUAAAGAUUUCUGGGAAAUGUAGUCAUAGCUAGGAAUUUGAUUUUAACUGAAAGCGUCAAAUGUAUUUAACCAACUAUCUACCCAGCGUUGCAACAUGUUUCUGAAAUUUCAGACUAAAUAGUAUGAUUUCACUUUUCUCUUAUAAACAAGUGUUCAGGAAAAGAAGAAGCAGCGAGGAAUCGUCUCCCGGAAGUGACAUUAGCUCAAGCACACACUAAAGUCUCAUAUUGAUGAUCAUCUGAUUUAUCAUUGAUCAGAUGUUUAUUGUUUAUCGUCUGUCAGUCCGCGCCAGCAGUGAUUAUGGGGAAGGGGUGUAAGGUGGUGGUUUGUGGGAUGGCGUCUGUGGGGAAAACAGCCAUCCUGGAGCAGUUACUGUACGCCUCUCACACUGUAGGUGCAGAAACGAGCGACACUCAGGAGGACAUAUACGUGGCGUCUGUGGAGACGGACCGCGGCGUGAGGGAGCAGUUACGCCUCUACGACACAAGAGGGCUGCGGGAGGGCCUGGACUUACCCAAACACUUCUUCUCAGUGGCGGACGGCUUCGUGCUGGUCUACAGCGUCGACAGCCUGGAGUCCUUCAGAAGAGUCGAGCUCUUGAAGAAGGAGAUAGACAAGUCCAGAGACAAAAAAGAGGUGAUGGUGAUGGUGCUGGGGAAUAAGUGUGACCUGCGCGAGCGGAGGCAGGUGGAUCAGGACGCGGCUCAGCAGUGGGCUCGCGGCGAGAAGCUCAAACUCUGGGAGGUGACGGUCACAGACAGAAGCUCUUUGAUCGAGCCCUUCACCAGCCUCACCAGCCGCCUCACUCAGCCGCAGAGCAAGUCUGCCUUCCCUCUGCCCGGCCGCAAGAGCAAGGGCACCCCGUCCAGCGACAUCUGAGCAGCUCACACUACCACACAUCAGCACUCUAGACUUCUCUCUGGUACUGUAGAAGAUUAAGGGCUUCUAGUGAAAGAGGUUAGCUAGGACUAGAUCUAUUUACACUCAGAAAUACAAGCACUAAUCUUUUUGUAGUUGUUGUAUUUGUGUGCACUGAUGGAAAAUAGCAGAACAUAUAAAUGCAGGGCACUCAUAGAGGUACUGCUGCAUCACUGGGCUCGGCUUACUAUAGCCAGUCAAUCACAGAAGUUGAGAAUUCGUUGCUUUAGUUGCUGCAGUGAAUUGAAAAUGACUAGUCAGACAAAUCUCAUGCAAACGUUGUUUAAACACUAAAAUGAAUCGGAAGAAUAAGAACUUAUUUUUGGACUGUUAAGAUGUUUUUAGACCAUUAAAAACUGUAUUCUGAAACUCUAAAGCAAAAGAUUUCAUUCUCAUUAGCACAGUUCUUCCAGAUUUAACACCUGAGUUUUUGUAACUAUCAUUAUUCUCAUUUAUGGUUCUGUUAA